UGACAAAUAACUCUACCUUUCCACCAAACUCAUUUGAAUUAGCUUUAAAAAAGACUUCAAUUCAUUAGUCAUUGACUUGUAUGUUAAUCAUGGAAUUAUCAAUCUGUAUCUGAUUCUUCUUUCUAUUGGUGGCCUUUCAAAUUGUCCUUAGCCAAUUACUUCAACUAAAAUCAAAUCUUUCUUUCUUCAACUAUUUCUCAAACAAGCAAGAGUUCCUAACAGCUUAAUCUUGGUUUGCUGAACUUAAAGACUUGAAAACUUGAAAGGAAGGAAAAGGAAAGAUACUUUGGCUUGACUAGUGAGAAUUACAUAAAUGGAAAGAGGAAAACAAAAUGAAGGAGAAACAAAGAAAGGGGAAGCAAACAACUCAUCGGUCUCAUCUUAUGUACUUCGCAAGGACAUUUUCAAUCUUCUGGAUUUCAUAGAGAGGUUAAAGAAUGGACGAGAUCAAAUUGUUCUUGACAUGGAUCAAAUUGAAAAGCUGAAAUUGGAGCUGACAUUUUUGUCAACAUUUCUUCAGCUUUCUUGUUCCAAUUUGGAUGGUUUCAAUGCGAAAAUGUCUCUCCAAGCACAACGGGUCGGUGAUCUGGUUCGGUCAGUUUUCAAUGAAAGUGGAGAUAACUUGCUGGUUAAAUAUGACAUGGAUCAUGUCGUUCCUCACGUCCUGGAAAAUAUCAAAAAUUUUAUCGGCUUACCACUUCAUUCUAAAUCAAGUGCCACCAUGACUGAGGAGCAGUUGGUUGAACUUUUGGAAUUGCUCCUCUUGAAUCUCUGUGAUCUUCCCAAGCACUGUGCGGAGUUGAAGACAAAGUACGAGAUAAUUCAAAAAGUGUGCGACAAUAUAAGAGAUUUCCUUGGGUUAAAAGUAAAUGGUUGCAUUGAGCAUGAGACAAUUGAAUAUGUCUUACCUCAUUUUCAACUUAUGGCUGAGAGAGUAGGACACUUCUGUUUUGUCCUUUUGACUGAUCAACUUGGUGUCCCUCAAAUCAAUUUCAAGCUAGUUGAUCUACUUGUGAAGAUUAUUCCUGUUGAACUGGAAGUUAUGCACAUAUGUUCUACAAAUUUGACAACUUCAAAGUCAACGGAAGUUGGAUGCUUCUCUAAGAAGCUCCUAGGAGCCUCUCCAUACAUUCUUAGAGAAUAUUUGAUUCAUCUACAAGCGCACAUGGUGGCUGUUCUUACUGCUAGCCCUUCAGCUCGAAACAUUCAUGUCAUGAUAGAGUUCCUAUUGAUUAUUCUCACAGAUAUGCCCAAGGACUUUAUUCAUCAAGAAAAAUUGUUCGAUCUCUUGACACGUGUUGGAGCACUUACCAGGGAAGUAUCCAUUCUUGUUUGCAACUUAGAAGAGAAAUCAAGGGGUGAAGUGAAUACCAGUGAAACAAACUGUGGCAGUCUAGACUUGCUGGAGAGUAUUGAACUACUGAAGGAAGAUCUCAAGCAUGUUUUCCUGAAAGCCCCCGAAGACUCAUCUCAACUAAGCUUCCCCAUGAGUGACGGACCACUCUUCAUGACUCUUCUACUCAAAAGCUUAAAUGACUUGCUUAAUUCCAAUGCGUAUUCAGCUGUUUUAAUAAAGCAAGAAAUUGGACUGCUGAAAGAAGACCUAGAAUUCAUAAGACCGUUCUUCACGAAUGUUGAACAAGAAUUGAACAGAGAUCUCUGGACUCGUAUUCUAGAUGUGGCAUAUGAGGCAGAACAUGCCAUUAAUUCAAUUAUUGUCAGAGAUCACGGUCUCUUGCAACUUAUCUUCUCACUUCCGGGUAACAUAGAAAAGAUCAAGCUUAUCAAAAAAGAGGUAUCAAAGAAGAUCCAAAAGAACAAGGGUUUUAUUGUCGUAAACUCUCCCAACAAGCUAGUUCAGAGUGGGUUUGAGGAGGAGACAAACUGGAUAAUAAGGAAGCUCACUAGUGGACCAGCAACACUAGAUGUCAUUUCGAUCAUUGGCAUGCCAGGGCUUGGAAAAACUACUCUGGCUUACAGAGUAUAUAAUGAUAAGUCUAUUGCUAAUCAUUUCGAUGUUCGUGCAUGGUGCACGAUCGACCAAGAGUAUGACAUGAAUAAGAUUUUGCAGAAAAUUUAUAAUCAAGUCAUUGGAUCAGAUGCCAAAUUCAGUGAGGAUUUUGUUGUUGGUGAUAAGCUCCAAAGAGAGCUAUGCAAAAGGAGGUACCUAAUUGUCUUGGAUGACUUGUGGGAUAUUGCAGCAUGGGAUGAUUUAACAAGACAUUUUCCUGAAUUUAUGAAAGGGAGCAGAGUUAUUUUAACAAGUCGAAUGAAGGAAGUGGCUUUGUAUGGAAAACGCUACAGUGAUCCUCUUUGUCUUCGAUUGCUACGUCAAGAAGAAAGCUGGGAAUUAUUAGAGAGAAAGGUAUUCGGAAAAGAAAGUUGCCCUGAUGAACUAUUGCAUGUUGGAUAUGAAAUAACCAAAAAAUGUAAAGGGCUUCCGUUGGUACUUCAUCUGAUUGGUGGAGUCAUUGCAACGAAAGAAAAGAGUAAGGCUUUUUGGUGUGAAGUUCUAAACAGUUUGAAUUCCUUUUUAUUAGAUGAUUUUGAAUUCAUGAAGAUUUUACAAUUUAGUUAUGACCAUUUAUCAGAUCACUUAAAGCCGUGCCUGCUUUACCUUGCAAGCUAUCCAAAGGAUGAAUAUAUUGAAAUAUCUGAAUUGAAAGAUUUAUGGAGUGCUGAAGGACUAUUGGAACAGAUUGAGAUGAAGAGUGUGGAAGAAGUAGUGGAGGUUCAUUUGGAUGAGUUAAUUUGCAGUGGCUUUGUAAUAGUUUCCAGUGAGAGAGGUAGGGCAUCGAGUUGCCGAAUUCAUGAUCUUGUGCAUGAUUUUUGUUUAAUAAAAGCUAGAGAGGAACAGCUGUUUGAUUUCAUAAGUUCAAGUGCUCCGUCUCCUUCUUCUUCAGAACGUGUGCCACGUGCAAUGAUCAUUCGUUAUGACCGACGUCUUUUUCAUUUGGAUGAAAAUUUUGCCUUUUCAAUCCAGAAAAGAAAAAUCCUUAUGUUAAACACCUCCUCUCUUUGAUGGUUUCUGAUGGGAAGCACAAUCAUCUUUCCUACAACUGUCACCUAAGACACUUGAGACUUCUUAAAAGGUUGGAGCUGCACAAAAUAAGAUUGACAUAUUCUUUGCUGAAUGAAAUAGGCAUGCUUGUUCAUUUAAGGUGCUUAAAGAUUCAGAUGAAGGCAAAAGCUCUUCCUCCGUCAUUUUCAAACCUCUUGAAUCUGGAAACUCUUGUGGUGGAUAACCAGGGAUCAAACAUGGUACUAUCACCUAGUAUUUGGAGUCUUGUAAAGUUACAACAUGUGAGCAUGGAUAGUUGUUCGGUCUUUGAUUUGGAUACUGAUGAAUCAACAGUGUUAGAAGAGGACUUAAAGUUAGAGAAUUUGAGAAUAUUGUAUGGUCUCAAGCUUUCCUCUUCGGGAAACAGAGAGGAUGUUUUCAAAAGGUUUCCCAAUCUUAGAAUCCUUACAUUCACCAUUGAGGAACCCUGGCCUUGUUCAGCAGAGCAGAUUUGUUUUCCAAGAUUGGAUAUCCUUGAUGAACUUGAAGAAGUUCACGCAUAUUUUUGCCCAUGUAUACAUCAGUGUGAUUUUCACUUCCCUUCGAGCUUGAAAAAACUUGUAUUUGGGAGCUUUGCUCUGCCAUCCAAUUCACUGUCAAGAAUUGCGAGACUGCCCAACCUUCAAAACCUGAGUCUAGAAGAAGCAAUCAUCCAGGGGAAAGAAUGGAACA